CGGGGGGCUGCCGCUCUCUGCCCGAGUCCAGCUUCGGAAAACCACCUGUAAACGUCGAUUUGGAGCUUAUCAGCGAUUUGAAAAAGUAAUUUACCGCUUACAAUGAUACUCGACGGAGUAAAUCUCCGCUGAGAGCUGCUCUACAAACUGUGUCAAACUACUGGACUAUCACUGGAAGAGCUUUACCAUGUCGUUACUGUGUGUCAAAGUGAAAAAAGCCAAGCUCCAAGGACCUCCAGACAAGUUCAACACCUACGUGACGCUGAAGGUGCAGAAUGUCAAGAGCACGACGAUCACUGUGCGUGGGGACCAGCCCUGCUGGGAACAGGAUUUCAUGUUUGAGAUCAACAAGCUGGACCUCGGCCUCAUUGUCGAGGUGUGGAACAAAGGCCUCAUCUGGGACACCAUGGUGGGGACAUCAUGGAUUCCUCUGAAGGGUAUCCAACAAUCAGAGGAGGAGGGCUCGGGGGACUGGCUCUUUCUGGACGCAGAGGUCCUGAUGAAGGCAGAUGAGAUAUAUGGCACCAAGAACCAAACGCCUCAUCGAGUCCUGCUGGACACUCGCUUCGAGCUGCCUUUUGACAUCCCAGAUGAUGAGGCUGAGUACUGGACAGGCAAGCUGGAUCGCAUCAAUACCAUGGGGAUCCAUGAUGAGUAUCCUCUUCACGAUGACGUUCAGAGUCGCCCUCUGCCAUUUGCCGCCUCCCAGUGCUCUCUGGAUGACCAGGACAGUGCCGUAGACGACCGGGACAGUGACUAUCGCAGUGAGACCAGUAACAGCCUGCCUCCGCGUUACCACACAACGGCUCAGCCCAACUCCUCCAUGCACCAGUAUCCCAUGGGGCCUCGGCAGCAGCAGCACCCGGACUCCUGCACAGACUCUGUCCACAGUUUGGACCUGGACUACAGGGACCAGAUAGCAACCAGUCCAGUGGAAAGUAGUCGCUUUGGGUCAUCCGGAAACCUGAGCCAGACCAGCUCCCAGCUUAGUGAGACUGGCCAGAGCACUGGAGGGUCAGAACUGGAGGAGUCCUUCCACUCCUACCACAGUACUAGCUUUCACCCCUCCACCAAUGGGCAGCCGCGCACCAAUGGACAACCUCCUACAAAUGGACACUAUACCGUCGGUGAGCAGGAGAUACGUAGGCUGACCUCUGAAGAAGGACAGGGCCUGAAAAACGACACUCCAACAGAAAGGGGGACCUCUAAACUCCUAAGGUUCCAUGAUGAUGGACCGCCAUUACCCUUUACCCCAUCCAGGAUUUGUUGGUUGAAGGCCAUCAAUAAAGUCAGGGUUCAGCUCCGGGAGGUCCGAGAUGAAGAACCCAAUGCAAGACAAGCCUGGGACAAACCAGGGGGCGGACCUGGUCUGUAUGGAAUUGACAGCAUGCCAGACUUGCGUAAAAAGAAACCUCUCGCCUUGGUCAGCGACGUGGCUAUGUCUCUCGUUCAAGCCAGGAAGGCGGGAAUCGCUUCGGCCAUGGCUGUACGGUCCUCGGUCAAGGACGGGGAGCUGAAAAACCAUGUGUACAAGAAGACCUUGCAGGCUCUCAUCUACCCCAUAUCCUGCACUACACCACAUAACUUCGAGGUGUGGACCGCCACUACCCCUACAUACUGCUAUGAGUGCGAGGGGCUUUUGUGGGGAAUUGCCCGCCAAGGCAUGCGUUGUUCUGAGUGUGGGGUCAAGUGCCAUGAAAAGUGCCAAGAGCUUCUGAAUGCUGACUGUCUACAGCGUGCUGCGGAGAAGAGUUGUAAGCACGGGGCUGAAGACCGUACUCAGAAUAUUAUCAUGGCCAUGAAGGACAGGAUGAAGAUCCGGGAAAGGAACAAACCAGAGAUCUUUGAGCUGAUCAGGGAAGUGUUCAUCAUAAGCAAAGCCAUCCAUGCGCAGCAGAUGAAGACCAUCAAGCAGAGCGUACUGGACGGCACCUCGAAGUGGUCAGCCAAGAUCACCAUCACAGUCUUUUGUGCCCAAGGUCUUCAGGCAAAGGACAAGACAGGAUCCAGCGAUCCAUAUGUUACCGUUCAGGUGGGAAAGACCAAGAAGAGAACCAAGACUAUCUAUGGAAACCUCAAUCCUGUCUGGGAAGAGAAGUACCACUUCGAAUGCCACAAUUCCUCAGAUCGAAUUAAAGUGCGCGUUUGGGACGAGGAUGAUGACAUCAAGUCGAGGGUGAAGCAGCGUCUAAAGAGGGAAUCUGAUGACUUCCUGGGCCAGAGUAUAAUUGAAGUUCGAACUCUGAGUGGAGAAAUGGACGUUUGGUACAACCUGGAGAAGAGAACGGACAAAUCCGCCGUGUCAGGUGCCAUUCGCCUUCAGAUCAACGUGGAGAUCAAGGGAGAGGAGAAAGUGGCUCCAUAUCAUGUGCAGUACACCUCCCUGCAUGAGAACCUGUUCCACCACUACACCGAUGUUCUCGGCCAAGGCGGGGUGAAAAUCCCAGAAGCUCGCGGAGACGACUCCUGGAAGGUCUACUAUGACGACGUAGCUCAGGAAAUCGUGGACGAGUUUGCCAUGCGCUAUGGGAUUGAGUCAAUCUACCAGGCCAUGACGCACUUUGCCUGUCUGUCGUCUAAGUACAUGUGUCCCGGGGUUCCCGCGGUGAUGAGCACCCUGCUGGCCAACAUCAACGCCUUCUACGCCCACACAACCGCCUCCACCAAUGUGUCCGCCUCCGACCGCUUUUCUGCUUCCAAUUUUGGGAAAGAACGCUUUGUGAAGCUUUUAGACCAGCUACACAACUCCCUGCGCAUUGACCUCUCAACCUACAGGAACCACUUUCCUGCCAGCAACAAGGAUCGCCUGCAGGAUUUGAAAUCCACGGUGGACCUUCUAACCAGCAUCACCUUCUUCAGGAUGAAGGUCCAGGAGUUACAGUCUCCACCCAGAGCCAGUCAGGUGGUGAAGGACUGUGUCAAGGCCUGCCUCAACUCCACAUACGACUACAUCUUCAAUAACUGCCAUGAGCUGUACAGCAGACAGUACCAACCUGUAGACACAAACAAAGAUGAGCUCUCUUUGGAGGAGCAAGGUCCGAGCAUCAAGAACUUGGACUUCUGGCCCAAACUCAUCAUGCUCAUCGUCUCCAUCAUUGAAGAGGACAGGAACUCCUACACGCCUGUGCUGAACCAAUUCCCUCAAGAAAUGAACGUGGGGAAGGUGUCAGCCGAGGUCAUGUGGACAUUGUUCGCUCAAGACAUGAAGUAUGCCAUGGAAGAGCACGAGAAGCACAGGCUGUGUAAGAGCACCGACUACAUGAACCUGCACUUCAAGGUCAAGUGGCUCAACAAUGAAUACGUCAAAGACCUGCCGAGCUUUAAGGACGUUGUCCCCGACUACCCAUCAUGGUUCCUACAAUUCGUGCUUCAGUGGUUGGAGGAAAAUGAGGGCGUGUCCAUGGAGUUCAUGCAUGGAGCGCUAGAGCGAGACAAAAAAGACGGAUUCCAGCAGACGUCGGAGCACGCUCUGUUCUCCUGCUCCGUGGUGGACAUCUUCACGCAGCUCAACCAGAGCUUUGAGAUCAUCAAGAAACUGGAGUGUCCCGACCCCGCUGUCAUGGCUCAGUACAGCCGCCGCUUCUCCAUGACUAUUGCCAAAGUUCUUCUGCAGUACAGUGCCAUUCUGACCAAGAGUUUUCCUACUUAUAUUGACAAGGAGAAGAUUCCAUGUGUCCUGCUGAAUAACGUGCAGCAGUUAAGAAUCCAGCUGGAGAAGAUGUUUGAGUCGAUGGGUGCAAAACAGAUGGACUCCGAGGCUAGUGACUUGCUGAACGACCUGCAGGUGAAGCUGAACAACGUGCUGGAUGAGCUCAGCAGAACAUUCGGGAACAGUUUCCAGAGCCGCAUCAACGAUUGCAUGCGACAGAUGGCGUCUCUGCUGUACCAGAUCAAAGGGCCGCUCAAUGACAACAACAAAAACCAGGUGGACGCCGACUCUGACAACAUGCUGCGGCCACUCAUGGACUUCCUGGAUGGAAAGCUCACACUGUUUGCCACUGCUUGUGAGAAGACCGUAUUGAAGCGUGUGCUGAAGGAGCUGUGGAGGAUCGUAAUGAGUAGCCUGGAGAAGACUAUAGUCCUGCCACAGGGCAACGACACCUUUGGAGCACAGAUUCUCUCAGCUGCCAAAGAACUGGGUCAGCUCUCCAAACUCAAGGAUCACAUGGCGGGGGAGGCUAAAAGCCUGUCUCCCAGGCAGUGUGCUGUCAUGGAUGUGGCACUGGACACGAUCAAGCAAUACUUCCACGCAGGAGGCAACGGGCUGAAGAAGGCGUUCCUGGAGAAAAGUCCCGAGCUAUCGUCGCUACGCCACGCGCUGUCCCUCUACACUCAGUCAACAGACACACUCAUCAAGACCUUUGUGACCACCCAGCAAGCACAAGUGCACAAUGGGAAGGGUAUGAGGUUGACUCCCAAUGAGAAAACACAGCCCAGCAGGGCUUCAGGCGUGGACAAGCCAAUUGGUGAGGUGACAGUGCAGACUGAGCUGCACACGAAUCCUGGGAACAAGGAGCAGAAAGUUUCCGUCAAAGUCAUAGGAGCCAACGAUAUAAAAUGGCAGACGUCGGGCAUGUUCCGACCCUUCGUGGAGGUCACCAUGAUCGGGCCUAACCUCAGCGACAAGAAACGCAAAUUCCAGACCAAAUCCAAGAACAACAGCUGGUCUCCAAAGUUCAACGAGACUUUCCAAUUUGUUCUGGGUAAACAGGAGGGCUUUGAGUGUUACGAGCUGCAACUCUGCGUCAAAGACUACUGCUUCGGCCGCGCAGACAGAGUGGUCGGCAUGUCUGUGAUACAGCUCAAAGACAUCACGGGGAAGGGCAGCUGCGUGUGCUGGUGUCAUCUGGGCCAACGCAUCCAGAUGGAUGACACGGGCCUCACCGCCAUGCGCAUCCUCUCCCAGCGCUCCAGCGACGACGUGGCCAAGGAGUUCGUGAAGCUGAAAUCAGAAACUCGAUCGGCCGAGGAGGGCAGAUGAGAGGAGCUGGAGAGACAAAGACGGAAUUCGAAGGUCUUCUGAUUUCACAAAGAUCUAAAAAAAAACCUGUGGUCAUUUAUUUUUUUUACAACCACUUUUACUUGACGUGUCUUAGCUGCUGUUGACUGUUUGAUGGCGCCUUAUCAAAGUCACCGACACACUGUCACGUUCACACUCUGGGUGUUUUGGACUCCUUGUUCUUCAAUCACUCCUGUUAUUAUUUACCGAGCUACUGUACGGCACACAAGUCACUCAACCUUCACACUAACCAGCUGUUUCACUCGGCACUAGACCACUUACUCUGUCAUUUAACCUUCUUUAACCUCUCUCCUCAUCAGCCGGAGAGGCAAAGUGCGCACGCCACAGCCUCAAGGGAGCAUCGGGUGCCAGGCCCGGCUGGAGGGCCAACAUGUUCCCACAAUUCCCCCAGUGUUGUUGUGCAAUAACCCCCCCACCCCCACCACCACCACCACCACCACCACCAACCACCACCACCACC